ACAUACAUAACCUAAAAAUCUAAAAUGAACGUUUGUGAAAUUUCGAAAUAAAGAAGCAUAUUUUCUUUCAAUUUUCUUCUAGACUACAGACUACUUAAAAUUUGCAGUCGCACGAAAUAAAUUUGUACUUAAAUAAUUAAUUACAAUGAAAGAUAUGUGCUACAAAAUAAACUUAUACUUGCUAACUUGCUGGUUUCGACAAAAUUGUCACUCAUUAAUAAUAUAUUUUAAUUAUUGUAAAUCUUUUUUUAAUUUACAAAUUAUAAUUCAACACGUAGCUUUUAUAUAAAUCAACAAAUAACCAAAUUACACGCAAUAACAAUGAAAAUAACUCGUUUCAAACUCAAGGAACUGUGACAGUCUGAUUUGUUUAACCGGAAGCGAUGUUAUGUCAGCAACAAAUGGCGGCCAGUCGGAUUUUGUAGGGUUUUGACAGUUGGUGUGAAUUUGACAGAGUUGGAAAAUUAAUUUAAGUAAUUAUAUUCUGAUUAGAUUCAAUCCCUUCUUGUAAACUUUACUCUAUUGAAAUUCGUGUAUUAACAGAACAUGAAAUAGUUGAUAGGAGGUACAAACCAGACCAACAAUGAUCGAUCAAAAUGUUGUAGGAAUUUGUAUUUUAGUUUUUCUAGCUAUAAUAUUUAAUUUCUCGUUACAUCGCAUUGAUGAAGGACACGUCGGUGUCUACUUUCGAGGCGGUGCCUUAUUGCCUCAAGUAAGUAAUCCAGGAUUCCACAUGAUGGUUCCUCUCUUAACUUCGUUUCGAACCGUGCAAGUAACUUUGCAAACCGACGAAGUGAAAAACGUUCCAUGUGGAACUAGCGGAGGCGUGAUGAUUUAUUUUGAUCGUAUAGAAGUCGUUAAUAUCCUGGAUGCAAACGCCGUCUACAACAUGGUCCGAAACUUUACGGCGGACUACGAUCGGACCUUGAUCUUCAAUAAAGUCCAUCAUGAAUUGAAUCAGUUUUGCUCCGUUCACAGUUUGCACGAAGUUUAUAUCGAUCUUUUCGAUCAAAUAGACGAAAAUCUAAAGACUGCACUCCAAAGGGACUUGAACGAAUUGGCACCUGGCUUGAAUAUUCAAGCAGUUCGAGUUACAAAACCAAAAAUACCGGAAGUUAUCAGAAAAAAUUACGAACUCAUGGAAGGUGAAAAAACGAAGCUUCUAAUUUCUGUUCAGCAUCAGAAAGUAGUUGAGAAAGACGCUGAAACGGAUCGGAAAAAAGCGCUUAUAAUGGCUGAGAAAGAGUCACAAGUUGCAAGAAUUCAGUACGAUCAGAAAAUUAUGGAGAAAGAAUCGUUGCAGCGUAUCGCAUCCAUCGAGGAUGAGAUGCAUUUAGCGCGAGAAAAGAGUCGAUCUGACGCAGACUUUUACCAAAUGAAAAGACAAGCAGAGGCAAAUAAAUUACUUUUGUCCAACGAAUAUUUAGAAUUGAAAAAGUACGAUGCGCUCUCGCAAAAUUCGAAGAUCUACUUUGGUCAAGAAAUUCCUAAAAUGUUCUCGUUUGGAGGUUGUUCGAACGAUCCUACCUUAGGUUCGAAUACACACAUUCCCGAAAAAUCAGACGCCGAAUCGAUCAUUGGCAAAUCAUAAUUCCAAAAAAAUUUAUCACUUCAAUCAUUAAUUCAAAUCAGAUCUGUUUUUCCAAGCUUAUUUAAAAUCGGCAAAGCUACAUUUCGAGAAAUAAUUAUUUUCAUAACACGCUCAUCGAAAGUACGACCUUCGUUGCGUCUUGAGCGGGUCGAAUAUACUAUUGUAGGUAUGUUUUCUUUACCAAAGUCCUUAGACAGCAAAGUUUUUUUUGUUUAUCGCUAAGCGUCUAUUAUAAUAU